AUGAAAAGUGAAGUUACUAUAGAAGAAAAUCGAGAUAAUCCUGAGGAUGGACCCUUAGGAUUAUUAUCAGAAUGUGUUAAAGACAAUGCUCAGGUUCUUAUUAAUUGUCGUAAUAAUAGAAAAAUAUUAGGAAGGGUUAAAGCUUUCGAUAGACAUUGCAAUUUAUUAUUAACAGAGGUACGUGAAAUAUGGGUUGAAGUUGUAAAAGAUAAAAAAAAAAAAAAAAAAAUUAAUAAGGAUAGAUAUAUCAGUAUAUUAUUUUUAAGAGGAGAUUCAGUUAUUUUAAUUUUAAGAAAUCCUAAAUAA